AUGUUUUUAUUUGGUUUGAUAUUCUCAACAAGUCUUCUGUUUACUUUAAUAAAUGCCGAAAAUCACACUGAUGUCAACAAUGUUCAACAAUCAGUAAUCAAUAUUGCUGUUGCUGAACAUGAACCAAAUAAUAAUAUUCUUACUAAUGAUUCUCCUGACCAAUCCACGCAAACAACAACUGAAAAAAUCUUAAUCAGAGUUAAUCGUCUUAAUACAGAAGUUGAAAAGUCGAAAAUCAAUAAACGUGAACGUCGUCAAGUGUUAGAAAUUUUACAAACUGCUGGUGUCGUGAUUAGUGUAGCUAAAGCACUGAAAAAUACAGAAAGUGGUGAAGAAAUUUUGGGAAUGGCAAAAAAGGUGGCCAUUGUAGUGUUAGUUAUAGGUUCAUUAUGCAUGCUUUGUUGUCUUGUUACAACAAUAAUUAUUUGUGUUAAAUGCUGUUGUGGUGGUAAUAAUCGAAAACGAAAUCUAGCUCCAACUACUAUUCAAGUUCCACAACCUAUAUAUGUUCAUACAGGACCAUCUGGUUAUCAACCUCAAUAUUAUCAACAACAAGCUCCUCCUCAAUCAUGGAAUACUGUUAUGGUUCAAUCACCAGAAAGUCGUCCAAUGUUACCUCAACCAAGUGCACCACCACAACGAAAUGAUGAUAUUCACAUUGAACAUGUAUCACCACCAGCCUAUGAAAAACUUUAUACAAGCAAAUAA